GCUAUGGUGACCACCCAGCCUUCGGCCCUAGAUUAAGUCUGUACGCACACAUGUAUAAUGUGCUGACUAUAAUUUUAAGAACUUAGGUAGAUAAGUCGCCCCACCGGAGAUGUCGCGCCGAGAUGGGUCAGACAGUAGAUUAGUUUUUUUACAAUUAAAAGUACCUCAGAAUCGGUAACACGCUUUUAAUUUGUCUCCCGAAAUUCCUUAGUAGUAAUACUUAGUAAUUUCAAUAGUUUCCCCGCUCCGGAAACAAGAGUGGCGCAGCCGGUAGGAUUUCGCUGUUAUAUUCCUAAAUUCUUCGCGGUUUUAAAUUCGUCGCGUGUCUCGAGGACGAGCUGCACGAUAGCUGUGGGAAUUUAAGGACGAGUGAAAUCCGACGAACCAAAUAAAUUACUCUUGGUGCGUGUGGGCAAACAAAGGAAUACCAAGGAUGAGAGUAGCAGCUGGCUGGUGCGGCAUAUUAUUGAUGACAGUCACGAUGCUGUCGCUGGCCCUUCAUCUGCAAAAUCUUGAAGGUAAUCCAGGAGUUUUACCGGUGAAACAAGGUCAUGCAUAUUUCCAAACUGAUCAGUGGACUAUUGUAAAGAUCAUCAGCCUAGAUCAAAUUUAUACUGACCUUAACUACAUCUCUACCAACUAUCAAGCGCUUUGUAAUUUAAUUGAUUGGAAUGCAUCAUACUCACAAGAAAUUAUGACUAUUAAAAUGCAUACAGAUUCCAUACGUGAUUUAACUGUAGAAAAAUACCAACAGCUUAUACCAUCCAAACGAUCUAAACGAGGACUCAUUAAUCCACUGGGCUCUAUUAUAAAAAUUGUUACCGGUAAUUUGGAUCAUGAUGAUGCGUUGAAGUAUGAUAAUCUCAUUUCUAAAUUGAAUCAAGGUCAAAUCACUAUAUCUAAAAGGUUAACAUUGGUCUCUAAAAUGUUUGACAGUUUUAUUAAUGCCACUGGAACUAUUGAACAGAAUACAAUUAACUUCCAUAACAGGUUAACUAAAAUUGAAACAUUAAUUAAAGAUUUAACUGCUCAGCAAAAUAGUUGGAUUUUUCUGACGUACUUAACUGGGUUGUUCAAUGUUUUCAUGAGUAACUUUCGUACUAUAUUUAUUAGAUUAAGUGAAAUCGAAACUGCACUUGCAUUAAGCAGAGUCUCUAUUUUACAUCAAUCAAUUGUUAAUUCUUCAGAACUUUUAUAUCAUCUUAAAUUAAUAUCCGAAUAUGAAAGCUUAAUAUAUCCUCCCGCCGAAGCGAACUUGUUAAAAAUAGAAGAGAUUAUAUGUGUUAAAUCAUUUAUUAAAAGUAAUCAAAUAACGUUUAUAAUGGAGAUACCACUUACCGAUAAUGUUACUUAUAACUAUUAUAAGAUUUACUCCCUACCAAUUUUCCAUGACACCGAAAAUAAGACCCUAGCUAUUUUCCCCAAAUACCCUUACCUAUUGGCGAAAGAAAAUAGAUACUCACCAAUCGCAAUACCGUGUAGACCAUUCUCUGCCGGUGCUCGCUUCCUCUGCACUGCAGACAACAGGAUCCCCUUCUAUGAACUUACCUGUGUCGAACAGCUUAUGAAUUUCGAAAACGACCUUACCCUUUGCAAACAACAUCCAAUAGAAAUCGAACAGGUCAGAGUCCAACAAGUCGCUAACAACAACUGGAUCCUGUAUAGUGAAGAGAAGACCACACUAACAGAACGAUGCAAGGAUGAGACCAGUAGACAAUUGGUAUUUGGUACUUACCUGAUGACCAUCGAAGAACCCUGUGAGGUGGAGAUUCAUGGCAUACACAUUAAUCAUCGUAUCUUCAUAGAGUCCGAUGUGGUGAAAAGAGUACCAAUCAUCGCCUUACCUCAGUUACGCACUAACGCACAGCUAUCCAGUACACGUGCACUUGAUAUGAAGGGCAUAAAUCUAGACGAAGUGAAAUAUAUGGCGUAUUCGUUAAAACAUAGUGAAGUGAUCGAAAGUGUUUUUGAUAAAAGGGACAGUAGCUUCAGUGCGUCCUUGGUGUACGUGACCUUAGGUUUAGUUAUUUUAAGUAUUUUUGUAUUUUCCGUUUAUGUUGUUCGGCUCAAAUUGCUGAAAUACACGUGUUUCAAGAAAAAUUAUCGGAACCAAUCUAAAAUCGAUUCUCCCGAUAAUUUUCCUCUUAAGGUCGGAGGAGCUAUGGUGACCACCCAGCCUUCGGCCCUAGAUUAAGUCUGUACGCACACAUGUAUAAUGUGCUGACUAUAAUUUUAAGAACUUAGGUAGAUAAGUCGCCCCACCGGAGAUGUCGCGCCGAGAUGGGUCAGACAGUAGAUUAGUUUUUUUACAAUUAAAAGUACCUCAGAAUCGGUAACACGCUUUUAAUUUG